AUGCCAAUGGAAAAUGAUGUACUUGAAUCUGCAUUUACAAAAACUUAUGAAGUUGAGGCAAAUGAUGAUGAUUUUCAACCAAAACAAAUUUCAGAAGAUAUGCCUAAUGUAGAAUAUAUCUAUGAAAAAUUAGAUUCAUUAAUUUCUAAAUUCAUGCUUGAGAAUUUGUAUGGAGUAAAUCCCUUUCUUGCUGAACUUGAAGAAAAUCUUGAUUCAAAGUAUUAUAAGCUUCUUGGAGAUCUUGGAACCUAUUUUCAAUUUGGGUCAAAAAAGUUGAAAGUUCCAUUA